AUGUCUAGUGGCGAAGUGGCGACGGAGGUCGUGAACAAAAACAAGCGCUUCCGCAAAGAUAAACCAUGGGAUACCGAUGAUAUUGACCAUUGGAGAAUUGACAAGUUUACGCAAGAAGACAAUCCACACCCGUUCCUGGAGGAAAGCAGUUUCGCCACGUUGUUUCCGAAGUACCGUGAAAAGUAUCUGCGCGAGAUUUGGGGACAUGUGACGACAGCUCUGGAGAAGCAUGGUAUUGCUUGCACGUUGGACUUGGUUGAGGGGUCCAUGUCUGUCCGCACCACCCGGAAAACCUUUGACCCGUAUAUCAUUCUGCGUGCGCGCGAUCUCAUCAAGCUGCUGAGUCGUAGCGUGCCCUUCACACAGGCCGCGAAGAUUCUGCAAGAUGAUAUGGCGUGCGAUGUUAUCAAGAUCGGGAAUAUCGUGCGCAACAAGGAGCGCUUUGUGAAACGCCGCCAGCGCAUUAUUGGGCCCAACGGCAACACGCUAAAGGCCAUUGAGCUACUGACGGGGUGCUAUGUGCUAGUACAAGGUAAUACAGUGAGCGCGAUGGGCUCGUACAAGAGCCUGAAGGAGGUCCGGCGUAUUGUGCUAGACUGCAUGAAAAACAUCCAUCCCAUCUACCACAUUAAGGAGCUCAUGAUCAAGCGUGAGCUUGCUAAGGACCCGAAGCUAGCAACUGAGUCGUGGGACCGCUUCUUGCCGAAGUUCAAGAAGCAGAAUGUCAAGUCGAAGCCGCGCAAAGAGGCGCCUAAGAAGAAGGUGUACACACCAUUCCCACCUGCGCCUCAGCCUAGCAAGGUGGAUCUGCAGCUUGAAAGCGGCGAGUACUUCCUCAAGCCACAUGAAAAGAAGCGGAACGAACAGGCCAAAAAGCUGGAGGCCCAAGCAAAGCAUGCCGUCGAACGUGAGCGGGAACGCGAAAAGGCGUUCAUUGCGCCCGAAGAGCCUCUCCCCAGCGAUACAAAGAAGAAAGAGAAAAAGUCCAAGAGCAAGGAUUCGUCUAAGAAGCGAAAGCGCGAGUCAGACUAG